AUGCCGGCAUCCGAGUCAUCCAACGACGUUCACCAGUGUGACUCUUGCUUCAAAACCUACCAACGACGUGACCUCCUCUUGCGCCAUCGACGCCGGUGUCUCCGGUCGAACAAACCUAAGAUACGCCGCAAAGCGUGCAAUGCCUGCGUGUUGGCCAAGACCAAAUGCUGCUGCACGCAACCGACUUGCUCGCGAUGUGCCAAACGGGGCAUCUCAUGCGAAUACGUGUCGGCGGCCAACACAGCAGGCGCCAUUCCCUCUGAUUCUUCCGACUCUUCCUCGUCCCCGUCGACCAGAGAUCGUCCUAGACCCGAUGAAACCCGCGUGAACACGCCAGACUUCCCGUCGCUAUGGAGCCCUCGAAGCAUGCUGGGUGGUCCCGACGCCGACAGCUUCGACUCGUGGAGCUCCCAGAACUUCGUCUGGACCAUGGAUACCCUCGGUUUCCCCUCGUUGCCCUCGUCAGCAGGCUUAGUCGGCGAAGUCACCUUGGAUCCGACACCGGCAGUCCCGACCAGCCAUCCAAGCUUCACAUUACCACUGGCCCCGGCUCCGUCGCAACCGUACAGUACGCCGGUCGAGAUUUCCAUGGUGCCGCCAGAUCCAGCGAUCCCCAAUACGUCCGCCCUCACCGGUCUGGGUGGCAGUCCCGACGUGCUGGGGGUGCGGCCGCCCAACUACGUCCGUCUGCUUGCACAGUAUCCGAGACUCUUGCUUCAGGAUGAUUUCAACUGUCCGUUCGUUCACCGCACUCUGUUCACCGAGCAAGUCGCGGACAUGACGAUUCUGCCGCACACGUCCAUGGCCAUUUGCUGCGGAAGUGCCUUGGGCUCCAGAGAUGCCGCGGGCUACGUCAAGCGAGCCAUGGACGCGCAACGACAAAGCUUGAUUGAGUCAUAUCCCACCUACCACUGCAUGGAACAGUGGGAUGCGCUGCAUGCAAUGCUCCUCUACGAGAUCCUCGAGAUGGGCAUUCCGCCCGUCGACAAAUCCGAGAGUUGGAAACGCAGGCGCCGCACAAAAGGGCUGAAAUCGCCCUUCCUCUCAAAAAUGACCCAGUGUUUCUCGCGGUCCUACCUCGAGUCGCACGACACGGCCCUCCUGCCCGCGGCCAACGCCAACUCCACUCAAUCGUGGGUCAAAUGGGCCGUGGCCGAAACCGCGCGCCGCACCAUCUUCCUCGCCAACAUUGUCAACUUCUUGAACAACCGCGAUCUCAACUCCGGGCGUCAGUCGCCCUACUACGAGCCCCUCAACGAUGAGCUCAUUAUGAAGAUGCCUCUACCCUGCGAUCAAGGACUGUGGAGCGCCCGCACCGAAGACGAGUGGCGCAAGUCCACGCCCGCGCCCCCUGGCUCUCCAGGCAUCAGCGACGCCUUUUCAACCUUGGGCCCUGCUGGUGACAUCCCGGUCGGUGAGCAGCUCCCAAAUGCCCAAUACCAACCCUCGCUCGAAGUGCUGUUCUCCAAGUUCGCCAAGGACGAUCUCCGGGCGAAUUGCGCGACGAAUGCGGGGUUUGCCGACUCGAAUGAGCUGCGGUCGUUUAUCAUUCUCUGUGCGCUGGAGCAAUUUGCGUAA